GCGUUCAUUGAUAAAAACGCCGGGCUCCCUCGGGCGCGAGCACAGCGUAGCGAAUCGAGGUAACGCCACGCGCAUUCUGGGCGGUGCGGAACCGAGACAAGCCAGGCCCACGCAGCGACGCACGCUCCGUUAGCAUGGAGCCCGCCGCGGGCUUCCAGUCUCCGCGCCCCUUCCCGCGUGCUGCCGCCCCGCCCGCGUCCCACGCCGGGCCCGGGCCGCCUGAGAACGCCAUGCCGGGAGCUGAGCUGGAGAUGCUGGCCGGGCCGCCGGCGACGGAUCCAGGGCGCCUCAUCACCGACCCGCGCAGCGGCCGCACCUACUUCAAAGGCCGCCUCUUGGGCAAGGGGGGCUUCGCCCGCUGCUACGAGGCCACUGACAUGGAGACUGGCAACGCCUACGCGGUCAAAGUCAUCUCCCAGAGCCGCAUCACCAAGCCUAAUCAGCGCGAGAAGAUCCUAAACGAGAUCGAGCUGCACCGCGGUCUGCAGCACCGUCAUGUCGUGCAUUUCUCGCACCACUUUGAGGAUGCUGACAACAUAUACAUUUUCCUGGAGCUCUGCAGCCGAAAAUCCCUGGCCCACAUCUGGAAGGCUCGGCACACUCUUUUGGAGCCAGAAGUGCGAUAUUACUUGCGGCAGAUCCUUUCCGGACUCAAGUACUUGCACCAGCGGGGCAUUUUACACCGAGACCUCAAGCUGGGGAAUUUUUUUAUUACAGAGAACAUGGAACUGAAGAUAGGUGAUUUUGGGCUGGCAACCCGGUUGGAGCCUCCAGAACACAGGAAGAAAACCAUCUGUGGCACCCCCAACUAUGUGGCUCCAGAAGUGCUGCAGAGACAGGGCCAUGGCCCUGAGGCUGAUGUGUGGUCCCUGGGCUGUGUCAUGUACACGCUGCUGUGUGGGAGCCCCCCCUUUGAGACAGUUGACCUAAAGGAGACGUACCGCUGCAUCAAACAGGUUCACUAUACAUUGCCUGCCAGCCUCUCACUGCCUGCCCGGCAGCUUCUGGCUGCCAUCCUUCGAGCCUCGCCCCAAGACCGGCCCUCAAUUGACCAGAUCCUGCGCCAUGACUUUGUCACCAAGGGCCACACCCCUGACCGGCUCCCUGUCAGCAGCUGCGUGACAGUCCCAGACCUGGUACCCCUUAACCCAGCUAGGAUUCUCUUUGUCAAAGUUACCAAGAGCCUCUUUGGCAGGAAGAAGAAGAUUAAGAAUCGUUCUGAGGAGCGGAGCGAGGUCUCCUGUUUGGUGAACGGCCUCACUCGGAUGUCGAUUGGCUGUCAGGCCGCGAGGCCUGAGUCCCAGGCUCCAGCAGCUUCUGGUCCUGCCCCCCUCAGCCUGGUGGAAACAGCACCUGAAGACAGCUCACCUGGUGGGACAGUGGCUAGUAGUGGAGAUGGAUUUGAAGAAGGUCUUACUGUGGCCACAGUGGUGGAGUCAGCCCUCUGUGCUUUGAGAAAUUGCCUGGCUUUCAUGCCCCCUGCGGAACAGAACCCGGCUCCCCUGGCACAGCCAGAGCCCCUGGUAUGGGUCAGCAAGUGGGUUGAUUACUCCAACAAGUUUGGCUUUGGGUAUCAACUGUCCAGCCGCCGUGUGGCUGUACUCUUCAACAAUGGCACACACAUGGCCCUGUCGGCCAACAGAAAGACUGUGCACUAUAACCCCACCAGCACUAAACACUUCUCCUACUUGGUGGGCGCUGUGCCUCAGGCCCUGCAGCCUCAGCUGGGUGUCCUGCAAUACUUUGCCUCCUACAUGGAACAACGUCUCAUGAAGGGUGGUGAUCUGCCCAGUGUGGAAGAGGUAGAAGUGCCUGUCCCCCCACUCCUGCUGCAGUGGGUCAAGACUGAUCAAGCCCUACUCAUGCUGUUUAGUGAUGGCACUGUCCAGGUGAACUUCUAUGGAGACCACACCAAGCUGAUCCUCAGUGGCUGGGAACCCCUUCUUGUGACUUUCGUCGCCCGAAAUCGCAGUGCUUGUACUUACCUCGCUUCUCACCUUCGGCAGCUGGGCUGCUCCCCAGACCUGCGGCAGCGCCUCCGCUAUGCGCUGCGUCUGCUCCGGGACCGCUGCCCAACCUAGGCCCCAGCCUGCAGAGCAGGCAAUGACCCAAGCCCAAGCCCUCAGGCCUAGGGCCUUUGCCUGUUAAGGCUGUGGCCCUUGCCUUGGUGGCACUCCCUGUCCCUUUGGUGCCUCGCUGGGGGCUCUGGGCCAAAUCCCCCAGGGAAUCAGGGACCAGCUUUACCGGGGUUGGAGGCUGCCUAUCCUAGCUGCCUCCUACCCCUUCUCCAAGAAAAGCCUGAGCCUUAGCCCCCAGCUAGGGGGCGUUAUUUAUGGACCACUUUUAUUUAUUGACAUUUAUUUAUUGGAAUAUUAGCUCCAGGAAGGGCCUCCUUCUGGGAUAAUAAACCAUUUUUGCAGAAUUUGGAGGCCUCCUUACUCGCAGUAGAGCCCGUGGACCGUGGCCACAGCGAAGAGUGAGGCGUUGGUGAAGGUGGCAGAGGCCAGCCCGUCGUGCGCCGCGUCCCACAAUGCACGGCUGACCACGCGCACACCCUGGCCGGUGCGCGGCCCCAGCACCACGUUGCACACGAGCUUGUAGCGGGGCGGGCUGAAUUCGCGCAUGCGUAUGCGCACGAGUUCGCACAGCUCCUGCGUCAGUGGCCCGGGCUCCGUGCCCGAGUAGCUGGCAUUGUGCAG